AUGGAGCAUGUGUGCAAGCACUGCAAAAAGAGCUUCUUGAGCGGCAGAGUCUUGGGAGGUCACAUGAGGUGCCAUGGAGCAAAGAAAUCGGCUAAAACUGAGAAAAAUAUCGAAAUGUGCAGAGCACAUUCUGAGGUUGAAGACGAUGAUCACGCUGGUUAUGGAUUACGAGUGAACCCGAAAAAGUCCUGGAAAUUUUCAGGGCACUCGAAGUUCGAAGCUUCUGCAGGGGAAGAAAAAGAGAUCGUCUGCAGGUGCAGGGUUUGUGGCAAAGGGUUUGAUUCGAUGAGAGCGAUGUUCGGGCACAUGAGGCAUCACUCAGGGAGGGAGAGGAAGGAGACGCAGUCCUGCGAAGUUUGUGGUAAAGGGUUCAAAACGUUGAGAGCUUUAGCUACUCAUAGCAGAUGCCACUCGAAAAGUAUUAGGGGAACUGAUGGAUUGGAGACUGUUUCUUCAAGCAAGAAGCUUUCUGUGGAUUGCUGUCAGUACAGCAGUGAGACGAUGGGGCUGAUUCGGAGGAAAAGAUCGAAAAGAUUGAGGUACAAGAUUACUAAUUCCAGUUGUUCUUUUUCUAGUUUCAGUGUUAAUGAAUCUAAGUAUGUCGCUGAAUUUGGGGAAGAAGUAGUAGAGGGGGCAAUUUGUUUGAUGAUCAUAUCUGGUUGUGGAAGCAAUUGGGGUCGAAUUAGUUCGGUCACUGAGUCUUCGGAUAAUAAUUCCUUGUCUUUAGAGGUUCAAUCACCAGGCUUAAAGAAUUGGAUCAUGGGAAAUAAGGGUGGUGUAUCGGUUUGUGAUGAUACUGUGAAAUUGGUUGAUUGCAUUUCUGAUUGUAAGAAUGUCUCCGUUGAGAAGAAAGUAUUUGAAUUUAGCGAAAAUAAUUCUGGGUUUGCGAAUGACUGA